AUGCUGCCAUACGCUCUCAAGAUUGCAUGGUUCACGCUGUCUCUGGCCGGAUUGCUGGCUAGCCUUCUCAGCAUUCCGGCGGUCAGGAAAGUGGUAGAUUGCUGCUGGAUACCCCUCACGUACACCGUGAUGAACAUCGUCCUGCAAGGUGUAUUCUGUCUCGGGUUGAUCUGGAGAAUGAACCCCUUGCUGAUGCCUAGAGCGUUCUGCAUAACGCAAGCGACUCUUAUGACCACUGCCUGGUUCAUCCUGACAGCCAUGUGCGCAUGCGUCACACUCGCAACGUCUAUAGUCAUAUACCGUUCAUACAACGCAACUCGCAUUGUGACCGUGGCGGAGAUUCAAGGGGUUAUCAAAUGGCGUCCCGUCUUUCUCUCAAUAAUGGUCGGAUAUCCAGCAGUAGCCCUGCUGGCAUACAUCGUCGUCGCUCUGAAGCUGAGCGCAAUACAGCCGAAGGAUGACAUGCAUUGUGAUACCACCAGCCCAGUCUGGGUCCGCGUCCUGAGCUAUGCAGGAGUUCCGCUCUUGUUUGCCGUCCCUUCGUUUCUCUUUUCUUGCACGUCUGUAUUUCUUCUCUCCUGGAACCGACUCGAGCAUCACAGCCAGGUAACGAUGCCCAUACCCGACAAUCUGACCUUAUUGCCAACUCGCCGAGCCUCUGUCCUCAAGUACCGACAGUCCAUGCAACCGACGCAGAGCAGCCUCGCACUGCAGGCUCUCCCAGAAGCUAAGCAGGAUCUGCUUCCGAACGAAGAGGCAACUUCGCCAAGGACAACCCCCACACUGAGCACGAUCCUCUACGCCAUUCCCUCCCCCCCGGCAUCCCAACGGGCAUCCCGCGCCAACUAUCUCUCCGGCGGGCGGGCGCCAAUAUCCCCGCUGCUUGCGGAGCACGCGAAGCGUUAUCAUCUACCCUUCUCCUGGCGGGCGACAAGCUCCUCGAGCUCAUCGCCCGAGGGCGCGGGUAAUCCACAGGGUCGCCCAGGGAAGUCUCCAUCGCCGCUCACGUUUGCCAUGCCCUCCGCCGCGUCCAGCACAAGCGCGUCGCCGGUCGCUCCGCCGGUCCUCUCCGUGCCCGCUGAGGAGGGGAAGGAGGCGCUGCAACAGAAUGUGGCGCAUGCAUUGACCGAAUACGCGGACAUGGAGGAGGAUGCAGACGCGGACGACGUGGUGAGCGGCUCGAUACGAUGGGCGACGGACUCGGCGUCGUCGUCGUCGUGGUCCAAGUCCGAGAUCGAGUUCGCGCCAAUGGGGGAGAGCAUCGCGGACGAGACCCAGGCACCACUCAGCAGAUGUGCCGUGCAGCGCCGAGUAUGUGAUUACGCGCUGCCUGACCGCUCUCCUGCGCAUCUCAGCCCGCUCGUGUGGCGGAUUCUUGCAUUUCAGCUGCUAGUGUCCGUCACGCAGAUACUCGCUGUGAUCUCUUCUCUCGUGGACGUCUUUGCGGGACACAGCCCGCCUGCGGCGUUCGGCACGCAGCACGUUGCGCUACUCCUCGUAGCGUGGAUGCCAUCUGUCGUGUUUGGUAUUGCUUCCCCCAGAUGUGUCAUGGAUACCGUGACCCAGGCUUGGUCCUCCACUAUACCGAGGAAUCGAUGA